AUGUCCCGCUCAUCAGUCCCAGCCAAGCGCUCGGCACCAGAUGCUCAGGAAGCAGCAUGGGUGGCUGACGAGGACCGGUUUGUGCUGCAGCAGACUAAGAAAAAGGCUGCCAUACGAGUGAAGGGUGGGAGGGCUUCACCAAUCGACUGGCUGGCGGUGAUACUGGCAGCAACAGAUCCGGAUCGCGACCCUUUGGACGACGAGGUCGACAUUGAUGAACUGGAUCUGCAGGAGCCGGAGAGUGUCUUCACAGCACUGCACGAAAAGGAGUUGGCAGAGCUGGAGAAGGGGAUCGAUGGGUAUUUGGCGUUGGAGAGUGCGAGGAGUAGCGUGGAGUAUUGGAGGACCAUGAAAACUACCUGCACGGAACGACGGAAGAGUCUCAAAUCUGAUAACGAAGCAUCCGCGAGGAGUGUGAGCUCCGUGGCGGGUGAUCUGGACAAGCUACUGGGACCCAAAGAUCUGGCAGGGUUGGAGAAGCUGGAGAAGCAGGUCAAGACUAAGCUGGCUAGCGAUGAACCGAUCGACGCCGAUUACUGGGAGCAUCUGCUGAAGACACUCUUGACGUACAAGGCCAAGGCGAAGCUGAAGCACGUGACGGAUAGCAUCGUGCGUUUGCGACUGGAAGCACUGCGGAAGGAACAGAGGGAGGUGGCAGAGGCGAGGAAGGAGCAGUCGGACGCCGCCACCGAAGAAGAGCAAGAUCGUCUGGAUCUGCUAUCGGACGCAGGUUUUCUCAAACGGGUCAAGAGCGAACGCGAACAAGUGCUCAAGCAGGGUUUCAUCCCCGGCCGCAAAAGCCUCAUCAACGCCACCACAUCCGACGAACCUUCUGCUAAGCGCCAAAGAAUAUCAGCAACCAGCAGUCCCAUCCCAUCCACCACCAUCACCACCAUCACCUCCAUUAGUAACUCCGCCCAAGCAGCCUUCGACGCCGACCUCUCCAAAACCCUGCUCCCCAACGAAGAACUCCUCACCCCCUGCACCAACCUAGUGACGAAAGGUCUCUCCACCUGGUCCGCCACCCACCCCCCACGCCAACCCCGCUACUUUGCCCGCCGCAUCACCGGCUACGAAUGGAACAAAUACAACCAAACCCACUACGACGCCGAUAACCCUCCGCCGAAAGUCGUCCAAGGCUAUAAAUUCAAUAUUCUUUACCCGGACUUAAUCCCAGACGCGCAGGGAGUGGUGAAGGCGCCGACAUAUCGGAUUGAGAGGGAGGGGGGCCGGAGGAGGGGGGAGGUGGACGUAGGGAAGGCGGCUGGGGAGGAGGAGAUGUGCUUGGUGAGGUUUUUGGCCGGGGCGCCGUAUGAGGAUUUGGGGUUUUGGGUCGUGGAUAAGGAGUGGGACUUCAGUGCGAAGCGGGAACGGGGGUUUAGGAGUAGGUUUGAGAAGGGGGUGUUGCAGUUGCAUUUUCAGUUUAAGAAGAUAUAUUACAGGAAGUGA